UGCGAAGUCGAAGCUGGGGGUAUAAAUGUGGUUCAUCCAGUUGGACCCUGAAUCUCAUACUGCACUGUGCUUGCGUGUGUUUUGGAUUCUUAAAAACAGAAGUUAAGCCCGUUGUUUUGUGCUUCUUGUGCUGGAAUCUGGCAACCCAAACUUUCACUUUAAGAAGGCGCGUCUACGCUGCAGUGUGGUGUGUUUAUUACAAUUCUUAAAGUGGCACAUGGAAACCAUAGCUGAUUCCUCCAUGGCACAUCUAAACCUACAGAUUGUGUCUGUCGUGCGUGAGGGAAGACUCUGAAGAAACCGAUCCACGGAGUGUAUGCCUGUAACCUGUCUGAAUCUUUUCAUUUAGUGGUGGCAGCAGCCUUCAGAGCUCUCACCGUGCCACACGGCGAGCCGAGGACUCACGCAGACGGGUGGAGGUGGAGGAGGUGGUGGUGGAGGGCUCGGGACCAGACGAGGCAUGAAAUAGUCACCGGUAGAGCCGUCAGAGGUGAGGCAACAUUGGGACGGGAGUGAAAUGGAGGCACCGCCGCCGGGGACGAGCUGCUGUGAGAGCACCUUGGCCAAACGGGAGUAACCGAGCCGUGACAGCGGGUGGGAUGGCAGCAUCGAGUAACUCCAGCCUCUCAGGUUCAUCUCUGUCCUCUGACCCGGAGGAUUACCAGCCGCCCAUAUGGAAGUCAUACUUGUACCAGUUACAGCAGGAAGCCCCGAGACCAAAGAGGAUCACAUGUCCUCAGGAGAUGGAAAACAGACCCAAAUACUAUGGAAGAGAAUUUUAUGGCAUGAUUUCCAGAGAAUAUGCAGAUGAGCUGCUGGCGGGAGUUGAGGGUUCUUACCUCAUCAGGGAGAGCCAAAGACAGCCGGGGACACACACCUUGGCUUUAAGGUUCGGGCCCCAGACCCUCAACUACAGGUUGUUCUAUGAUGGGAAGCACUUUGUCGGGGAGAAGAGGUUCGAGUCUGUCCACGACCUUGUGACUGACGCCCUCAUCACACUCUACAUUGAGACCAAAGCGGCUGAGUACAUCGCGAAAAUGACCACCAACCCCAUCUAUGAGCAUCUCGGUUACACUUCGCUGCUGAAGGACAAGAUGGUUCACAGGCUGAGCCGUGGACGCACAGAACCACGGAGAGUCACCUUUCAGAGAGAUGAGAGGAUCACCUCACCUCUGGUGCGAAGGAGUGCCUUGAAGGAUACACCAGAGAAGCAGUGCUCCUAUGAGAAGAUUCACAAUUUCAAGGUACACACCUUUAGAGGGCCACACUGGUGUGAGUACUGUGCCAACUUCAUGUGGGGCCUCAUCGCACAAGGUGUCCGCUGCUCAGAUUGUGGGCUGAAUGUACACAAGCAGUGCUCUAAACUGGUUCCCAGUGACUGCCAGCCAGACCUGCGCAGGAUAAAGAAAGUGUUUAGCUGUGACCUCACCACGCUGGUCAAAGCUCACAACACGACACGACCCAUGGUGGUGGACAUGUGUAUCCAAGAGAUAGAGCUGAGAGGUAUGAAAUCUGAAGGUCUCUACAGAGUGUCUGGAUUCUCUGAGCACAUAGAAGAAGUGAGGCUGGCAUUUGACCGAGAUGGUGAAAAGGCUGACAUCAGUGCCAGUGCCUAUGCAGACAUUAACAUCAUCGCUGGUGCUUUGAAGCUCUACUUAAGAGACCUUCCCAUUCCAGUCAUUACGUUUGACUUGUACUCCAAGUUUAUUCAAGCUGCAAAAAUUCCAAAUGCUGAAUCCAGACUGGAGGGCAUCCAUGAGAAUUUGCUGCAGCUCCCCCCAGCCCACUAUGAGACCUUACGGUACCUGAUGGCCCACCUCAAGAGGGUGACCCAGUUUGAAAAGGACAAUUUAAUGAAUGCUGAGAACCUGGGGAUUAUCUUUGGUCCGACACUUAUGCAGCCAACGGAGCUGAAUGCCUUGACAACCCUGAAUGACAUGAGGCAGCAGAAACUGGUGGUGCAGCUCAUGAUCGAGAAUGAAGAUGUUUUGUUCUGAGGACUGAGGCCUGCAGGCCUUUUUACAGACACGAAGGACAAUAAUUUAUUCUGUCAAAGAGGAAUUUCAAGCCACCUUGAUUCUAAUGAAGUUUCUGAACAGUUUGUUAUCAGACUGAACUUGAAACACUUAUCUCGCAUGACUGUUUUAGUUUACUGUUUGUUUAGUGUUGACAUCGUCUUGUUGCUGUAUGUUUUGGGAUUUCUUUCUUUGGGCAAAGACCAUCCUUUUUUCUUUUCUUUACUUUUGAAAAGGAAAGUAUACUGUAUUUUUUACUUCUUACAGUGCUGUUUCUCCUCUGUUUAAAUGGAAGACUACCUGGUGUAGACUUAGUCAUGACAGUGCUGUGUGAAAUCUGCCCCUGGCUCGUUGUCAAUCAGUGAAAGUCUGGUGUUGUGUAAACCGACCUUACUGCAGCAGCCAAGCCCACGUUCCCUUAAGACAUGUGUGAAUACUGUGAUUUCAGUGGGAAUGCUGGUUUUAACUUAAUUGUCCAUAGAAUCAGAUCAUGUAAUGAUCAAAAUGUAAACUGUGUGUUCUAAAAUAUGAGAGAUGAGACUAUUUGGCGCUCAUGAAGCACUUUUUUUGCAACAAGUGUACAGAUUAAUUUUGUAAAGAUGUUUAUAUUUGUCUUUUACUCCACAUCAUGUUCUUUUGUCACACUAAUACAAACUGUUUGAUGGUGUUUGUUGCAUUGAGUUCUGAAUGUUUAAAGUUGAGAAGAAGGGGGCUGGUGGAUGCGCCAUUCCCAUUUGCAAUGUGCUCAAGUGUUGGGGCGAGGAAUACAUAGGUGGUCAUUUCCAUUCACAUGUCAUGUUUCAGACUGUGCAACACAUGAGCAACAUUCAUCUGCAAACAUGUUUGUUUCAACUUUGUAGUAUUUCUGUUUACAUGCUGUAAUCUGGGACAUUUUCAGCUGUAAAAUAACAUCUGGGCCCUUUUUCUUUUUGUAUGCCAGUAACAUCGCUCGGUACCGCUGUAGUGUCCUUCAACUUCACAAAGCCAUAGAGGUAAACAGUCAUACUAAAGCUGUGCCGAGCGUGUUUCUUUCACAGUUCAUUUAAUGUGAUUUAGUACAUUCUUUCUACAAAUCCAUUUUAUCAAAAUGUAUUUUUGUGACGGUUGCAAAUGUAAUUUAUCAAAUGAUGAUUUAUUAAAGGAGAGCAAACUUCCGCUUGAAAUAGAUUGACCUGAA